CGUCACCCCGCGUCGGCCCCGCCCACCGUGAGGCCUCGGGGGCGCCGUGAGGGCUCCGGGCAAGAUGGCGGCGGCCGCGGCGCUGAGGGGCGGCGGGAGGGCGGUGACGCGCGAGGUGUUGCAGCUGGAGGCGCGGGGGCUUUGCACGAAGCCGGUGGGCACCGGGACGGCGCCGCCGCCGCUAAAGAAUGUAGCGGCACCACAGGGAAGCACCAAGCUGCUUGCCAUGAAGGCACCAGUUGAAUUUCGUAAAAUGUUGUCUUCUAGCUCUCUCCUGCUGUCUGCAGACAAAGGUGAGAGCAUUUCUAGUACCACCCUCAAGGAAGCUGCAAAACCUGCUGAAGACACGAGGAUGCCCAUGUCAAGAAAAACUGAGGUUGCAUUUCCUCAGUGAGGAGGAGUUGCUUCCUCCCAUGAGGAGGAAAACCUCACCACACCUGCAACAGGAGGAGGCCUGAGGAAAGAGUUAGCUGAGGAACAGACUUCGUCUUCAUCCAGCUCAGAGUCAGAUUCUAGCUCAGAUUCAGAGGAUGAAAAUGUUGAUGAUUCACAAGUUGCCAUUAAAACUAAAGUUGAGUUUCCCAGACGAGGUGCCAUCUUUUCUGAGAACAUAGCAGUAAAGGCAUCAAUGCUGGCAAGAGAGAAAUUGUCCCAGAAAUCCCUCAAAGAAUACGGAAUUAAGAAGCUGCCACGCAAACCAGAAAUUAACGUGUCUCCUGUAAAGCAGGUCAAAUUGUCUAAAACAUCAGUUAGCCAGGAAACAUCAAAAUCCAAAGCAAGAGACCCCAAAGUAAAAUCCCCUCCAAAAGAACAGAAGUUGGUCUUAGAACCACACGUGGUGAAAAGUCUGGACCUGACCGAUGUCACUCAUAAAUUUGAUCAUGUGGAGGAAAAGUCCUUUGGAACCCAGGUAGCAGCUAUUCAGCUGAAAGCCUCAGCAAUGACGCAGGAAGACAAAAAGCAAGAUCUGCUAUCCAGAGGAGAGAAGGAAAAGAUGAAGGAGGCACAAGAGUUGGAAGCAAAAGAAGUAACUGCUCCUAAAGUGGAAGAGACUUCUGGAAGCAAAACGUUGGUGAUGGGCACCACAGCAAAGGAGGAGACCACGCAGGAAGCAGGAGUCCAGGCUGGAGAAAGCAGCACAAUUGAGGAGACAGCUCAGCCUGCUCCAGAGGAGUUUGAUAAUUCCACCUACAAGAACCUGCAGCACCACGAGUAUCACACUUUCACCUUUCACGAUUAUAUCGCUGUCCUCGCAAAGUACAGGCAGCCUCAGCCAUCCUCUGGAAGGCCAUCACCAAGGCACUGAGAGAGCCACACUUACAACAAACACCCAAGCAGGAUGGUGAAUUGUUCUCUUUAGCACUGUUGCUUCAUCUGUGUAAUUGAAAUCAGAUAAUAAACAAUAAAGGCAUAAUAACUUGGGCUUUUGAACAGUU